AUCCGCGGACGGGCGCAGUGAGGAGAUCGCGUUCGCGCUGCGCACACGUUUGACGACACCAACGACGACGACGCGUUCGGUGGGACUAUUACACCUCCCCCGGUGUUGCGGUGGCGCGUUUUCCAGUGCGGUGUGCCCAGUGUCGCGUGCUAUUCGCGUUACGCGCUCGUUAGGCCUCGAGUGUUCUAUUUUGAAAAUAAUUAAUUUACCGUCUUCGUCGUCGCUGCUCCCACGUGCGAAUAAUCAUUAACAUGAUUAAUGGUGACGAAAGCGGCGGCGGAAUGGCAAAACCGACGCCCCCGCCGACGUUGCCCAAGUCUUACACGCCGAGUGCCGCGGCCGCGUAUCGUCUGGCCAGCAUGGAACGGCUGGCCCAACGUCAGCGGAUUUUUGAACAGGGCGGACCGGCGCCGCCCUCGUCCACCGCUGCUACCGGCACUACUACCGUUACCGCUGCGACAUCGUCUGACGAUCACCAGCACCACCAGUCAUCGCCGGUCGGACCUCCGCCACCCGUCACCGCACCUAAACCUGUGCUCGGCACCAAGUUACAAAGUAAACGGGAGUUGUUCUUUAAGAAUGACGUAUCGGCAAACAGUGCAAUCUCUGGAACUCAGUCUGCUGUUCAAUCAAAUUCCAAUUCAACUUCUCCAGUGCCCCAUCAGAACUCUGUUACCAGUAUAAAAACUAAUCAAAUUACAAAUUUACCAUCAACUGCACCAAUGAAUUUACCACGAGUACCAGUUGUUGUUAAACCUGAGUCAUCAACAGAGCCUACAGAAAGCAAAGAAAAACUUUUAAAAACAGAUCAACCGGGAAAUGGAAAGGUUAAUGAUAGAAAAGUGAAGAAAUUAGAUGGAUAUGUUGGAUUUGCCAAUUUACCUAAUCAAGUAUAUCGCAAAGCUGUAAAGAAAGGCUUUGAAUUUACACUUAUGGUUGUUGGUAGAUCUGGUCUUGGGAAAUCCACCUUAAUUAAUACAAUGUUCUUGGCUGAUAUAUAUGGCAAAGAACAUCUUGGUCCCUCUUUACGUGUUGGUAAAACAGUACGAGUCGAAACUAAUAGAUGUAUGUUAAAAGAAAAGGGUGUAAAUCUUUCACUUACUGUAGUUGAUACACCAGGAUUUGGUGAUGCUGUUGACAAUUCUGAUUGUUGGCAACCAGUGCUUGAAUAUAUUGAGUCAAGAUAUGAAGAAUACUUAAAUGCUGAAUCCAGAGUUAAUAGAAAAAUACAACAUGAUAGUCGUGUACAUUGUUGCUUAUAUUUUUUGGAGUCAAAUAGUCAUGGAAUGACACCUUUAGAUGUAGAAUUUAUGCAGAGACUUCAUGACAAAGUGAAUAUAAUACCUAUUAUUUCCAAAGCAGAUACCAUGACUCCAGAUGAAGUGACAGAGUAUAAAAAACAGAUUUUAAAAGAAAUUGCUCAGCAUAAAAUCAAAAUUUACGAUUUCCCUGAUUCCGACAAAGAUGAAGAUCGUGAAAAUUUAAAAAAACUUAAAGCACGGGUGCCAUUUGCUGUUGUUGGAUCAACUGAAGUUCAUGAAGUGGAUGGGAAGAAGGUGCGUGGUCGAAAGUAUCCUUGGGGUUUAGUUGAAGUGGAAAAUCUUGAUCAUUGUGAUUUUGUUGCUUUAAGAAAUAUGUUGUUGAGAACACAUUUACAAGAUCUAAAAGAAGUGACUAGUAAUGUACAUUAUGAAAACUUUAGAUUUAGAAAGUUGGCUUGUUUCUCAGCUGAUGGUCCAAAAGGAAUGACCAACUCGUGCGCCCCAGGAGCAAUCAACAAUUCCUUCGUUGCUGUUUGGAAUCCAUUAGCCCAAAUGGAAGAUGAAAAACGUGAUCAUGAUGCCAAACUUAAAAAAAUGGAAACUGAAAUGGAACAAGUGUUUGAGAUGAAAGUCAAAGAAAAAAAACAAAAACUUAAAGAUUCGGAAAUUGCUUUACAACAAAAGAAUGAACAAAUGUUGAAAAGAUUAGAAUCUGAAGCUAGUGAAUUGGACGAAAGACGUAGACAACUUGAAGUAGAAAUCAGAGACUGGGAAUCAAGCAGUGGUGUUAGUCUUGACGAAUUGAGAAGGCGGUCAUUAGAGAGAGAAACUACCGAUGGAAAAGAGAAAAAAACCAAGAAAAAAGGAUUAUUCUGAAACGAGUAGUGCCAUAAUGAUAUGUAUAAAAUCAUAUUAUUAUUUAUUAUUAUUAUUCGACCAAUUUGUAUGAAUCGGGUACAAUCUCGUUUGAACAGUUGUAAUGUAACUUAGACUGUCAAACUUGUUACCAAUAAUGUGUUUAACACAUUUAUAAUAACAAUAUUCAUAUUUUUUACUACCUUAGUUUUAAUAAUUUAGUCUUAGUAAUCUUAUUGAAUCAUUGAUCGUUGUAAUAUGCGUAAUACACAUACUAUUUGAGUAAAUAAUUUGUAAGUAUUUAUUAUAGACAAAUUGUUUUUCAGUUCCAUAGUGUUUAAAUUUAAACAAAUAA